GUUAAGUCGGCUCGAGGAGUUCCUCGGCAAUUUCUGCGUAUUGUCACCCGCGAGGAGGCUCAGGACAUGACAGAGGACGUUUAUAUCCUUCCUAAUGGUGAUUAUGCUGUGAUGAAGCAAGUGUCUGAUGAGGAAAGGAAGAAGAUUGUGGGAGAGUCCGAAAAGGAACGUCUAACGAGAGUGUUUUCCGAUGCCGACUGGCGUGUACAAGGCCUAUUGUUGUCGUGUGGAAUAUGUCAUCAACUACCAGUAGAAGCUGAGAUCACGCCGUGUUGUGCGAAUUUAUACUGUCGGAAAUGUGUGAUAGAACAUUUAGCGAA